UGCACUGAAGAAGAAACACUCACUCAAUGUGGUGAGUGUCAUGGCAGACCAGUCUGUUAGGAUGGUGACAGCCAUCGUGUUGCAGAGUGUCUUCUUCCUCUCAGAUUCUCCUCCAAAGCCCAGCAUUGAGAUCCCAGGUGAUCUGAAGGAGAAGGAGUCUGUCUCUAUAAGCUGCUCAGCUUCCACUCCCUGUCCACACUCUCCUCCUCAACUCACCUGGAACCUCCAACCAGACUCUCACAACAUGACAGAGGAAAACACUGAUGGCACCUUCACAACUAAAAUCCAGAGGAAGAUCACUCUGUCACAUGAACAUGAUGGAUUCAUCAUCACCUGUUCUGCCAGAUAUCCUGUGAAUGAAGGAAAAGGUGUGAAGACGUCAGAGGAGACAAAGACUCUCAGUGUUUCAUAUGCUCCCAAGGACACCUCAGCAUCCAUCCGUCCAUCAGGUCUGGUGUCAGCAGGUAGCUGGGUGAACCUGACCUGCUCCAGCAGAGCCAAGCCUCCUGUGAGCCGCUUCACCUGGUUCAAGACCAGCAGAGAUGGACCAAUCAAUGUAUCUGAAGGAGCCUUUUACAGCUUUAAUGUCACUGAUGGAGGAGUUUAUUACUGUGUGGCUACCAAUCAGCUUGGUAAUCAAACAUCCUCAGAGAUCCAUCUGAGUAUUACAGGUGGAGUUAAUGAUCUACUAUUGGGAUCAGUUCUUGGAGGAAUCAUUGGGAUCAUCGUGCUCAUCGUCCUGGUUGUCUUUGUUUGCCGUUUGAAGUCACCACAUCCAACUGCACAUCAGAGUCAGAAUCAAACUGUUGGAGAGACAGUGACAACAGAAGAAGAAGGCGUCCACUAUGGAGAGAUUAACUUCUCGAGGCUCGGACCUGGACCGUCCUCUGUCCCUGAGCAGGACAGUGGACAGCAGCAGGACACGCUGUAUGCGCAGGUCAAAGUGUCCCAGGCAGCAGACAACGUCACACGGACUGCUGACGUCCCCGAGGAUCUCUACGCUCAAGUGAAGACAACAUGAGCCUUUUUCUCUGGUUACAUUUGUGUUGGAUUCUUCACAUGCUUUUUACAAACAUAACAAAAAACGAGCUUCAUCUGUUGAUUUAUGGAGAAAAAUAACCGUGAGAAAAUGUCAUCUUUACUGUUCACAGUUAAAGGGGAACUUCAAACCUCCACAGCCUUUAUACUUUUAACACAGUGAGGUUUGUGUUUAUCAGAUCAGUACAAAUUAAAGUCCCAUGGCUCUAAAUAGAGAAGUAUUCUAAAAGACAGCGCUCUUUAUAUGUCAACAUGUACAAUGAUAAGAUUUGACCUUUUUGAUGUUUGUGGAAUUUUUACUUUGUUGUAUU